UAUAAGAAGUCAAAACAUUACGUCCUCCAACCCAGUGAGAAUUUUUCCGCCCAAAAAAUGGAGAAACCUCCUAACGACAUGGUUCCGCAGUUCGACAGUGUUGAAGAGGGAUGCAUCCGUACGGAAAGCUUUCGCGAUCUCAAGAUGCCGAUCCUUCCGAAGUCGUUAACCCUUGAAGAAAAAAAGUUCUUACUGGCAGUCGAACGAGGGGAUUUGGCAACAGUUAAAAGAAUAAUCCACCGUGUUAAGCGAGGAUUUUAUGGGAAUUCCAUUAACCUGGAUUGCAUGGACCCACUAGGAAGAGGUGCCCUGCUAAUGGCGAUCGAUAACGAAAAUCUGCAGAUGGUAGAAUUGCUCGUCGUGAUGGGAGUCGCCACCCGAGAUGCAUUGCUUCAUGCUAUCGAUAAGGAGUUUGUUGAGGCAGUGGAACUUCUUCUGGAACACGAGGAGCUCAUCCAUAAGGAAGGAGAACCCUACAGCUGGGAGAACGUGGAUCGCACGACCUCCUCAUUCACCCCUGAUAUAACACCGCUGAUUCUGGCGGCGCAUCGUAACAAUUACGAGAUUCUCAAGAUAUUACUGGAUCGUGGGGCAACUGUACCUAUUCCGCACGACGUUCAGUGCGGUUGCAGCGAUUGUAUCCGAGGAGUGCUGGAAGAUUCGUUGCGCCAUUCCAUGUCGAGAAUCAACGCAUACCGUGCUCUGUCGAGUCCUUCGUUGAUUGCUCUGUCGUCUAACGAUCCUAUUCUAAGCGCGUUCGAACUUAGCGGCGAACUGAAGAGAUUGGCUUACAUGGAGACAGAAUUUCGUCAGGAAUAUAUGGACUUAAGGCGUCAGUGCCAACAGUUUGCUUGCGAUUUAUUGAGCCACACGCGCAGCUCCAGCGAAUUGGCGUUUCUCUUGAAUCACGAUCCCAGCAACACUGCGCGUCGUAGUUCAUCAACCGACGAUUACCAAGAGUUGAAACUAACACGACUCGAAUUGGCAAUCGAGCAAAAACAAAAAAAGUUUGUUGCCCAUCCGAAUAUCCAACAGCUGCUCGCUGCCAUUUGGUAUGAGGGUUUGCCCGGUUUUCGUCGCAAAUCUGCUUUAGACAAGGUGGCCGAAAUAACUCUAGUCGCUCUACUUUUCCCUCUCUAUUGCGGGUUGUAUAUGAUUGCUCCACUAUCCUCUUAUGCGCAGCUGAUGCAGAAACCUUUCAUGAAAUUCUUAAUCCAUGCCUCUUCCUACCUCUUUUUUCUCUUUCUGCUGAUUUUGGUAUCACAACGAUUUGACGUGCUGGUCAUUCAACUUCUUGGAACGGAGGCGAUGCGUAGAGACCUGGAGGAUCAACUGAGACGACAGCGAGGCAAUGGGCCCACAUUUCUCGAAUGUUUUGUCGCAGUUUACGUCUUGGGAUACGUCUACGAAGAGAUUUACGAAAUGUGGAAAACUGGUGUCGGGCGCUACAUAAGAAACCUGUGGAACGUGAUCGACGUUUGCCGUGACUUGUCAUAUCUUUUGGCAAUGGGCCUGAGAGUGGUUGCGUAUAUUCAACAACAGCAGGAGAUUGAAGAAAAUCCAGCAGCAGCUUACAUACCUCGAGAGGAAUGGGAUGACUUUGAUCCCCAACUGGUUGCCGAAGGAGUAUUCGCCAUGGCAAAUAUUUUUAGCGCCCUCAAGUUGGUGCAUCUCUUCUCCAUUAACCCGUAUCUGGGUCCUCUACAAAUUUCUUUAGGACGCAUGGUGAUUGACAUCGUCAAGUUCUUCUUCAUCUACACACUGGUCUUGUUUGCCUUCGCCUGUGGAAUGAAUCAGUUACUGUGGUACUUCUCGGAUUUGGAGAAAAAGAAGUGUUAUACAUUACCCGGUGGAUUGCCGGAUUGGAACAAGAAUCCUGAUGCUUGUGCUAAAUGGCGACGAUUUGCUAAUUUGUUCGAGUCUUCGCAAUCUCUGUUUUGGGCCAGUUUUGGCUUAGUAGACUUGGGCAACUUUGAAUUGGCCGGUGUCAAGAGUUACACCCGUUUCUGGGGCAUGUUGAUUUUCGGAGCUUACUCCGUAAUCAACGUGGUGGUGUUGUUGAAUCUCCUCAUCGCCAUGAUGUCUAAUUCUUACUCGCUGAUCACGGUAUGUUCAUUAUGUAAUAUUGCUAUACUCGUGUGCCCUACAAUUCUUUUGUUCUUUUAUUUCCAGGAACACUCAGACACAGAAUGGAAAUUCGCUCGUUCAAAAUUAUGGAUGAGCUACUUCGACGCAACUGGCCACACACUUCCUCCGCCAUUCAACCUUUUACCAACUCCCAAGAAGAUAAUGCGACUCUUCUGUCGUAAAUCGAACGCAUCGAACCCCAAGCUUCGCCGUACUUCGACGAAGGGACGACAUGCAUCUGAGAGGGAUUACUGUUAUACGGCGGUGAUGCGUUCACUCGUUUGGCGCUAUGUGACGGCAAUGCAUCGACAACAAGAAAUGUCUCAAGUUACCGAAGAUGAUGUCAAUGAGGUCAAAGGUGACAUUUCAACGUUACGAUUUGAACUGCUGGACGUCUUCAAGAAUAAUGGAAUGGACAUUUCAUCGGCUAACAAAAACACCAAAGCUGCACUGGGUCGCAAGAUGAGGAUUUGGGAGCGACGAUUGCUCAGAGAUUUUCACGUGGUGUCCGUGGCCGGAGCGGAUGAGGAAGUCGAUCAAGAGUCGCCCAGCACCGAUGGUAUGGGAAUCACGAGAUCAUUAUCAUCUGGAGGGAAUGAAGCAAAGGUCAACGGUGCCGACAGAUUCCGAAAAUUGGCGAGCGUCGCUGUUGCCAUGAAUGCUGCUGGGUUAACACAAGGCAUAACAGCUGGGCAAGGACGCACCAUCAAACCACUGUCCCAAAUUGGCCGGUCGAUGAGUAACGAGUCAUUCAAAAGUUCUCAGAACCUACGUAAAGCGAUGGAGGAAGCGCAACGUCUAACAGUGGUGGCGCCCACGCCAGAACCCUCUCCGCAACAUGGCAAGUAUUCGCCGGAUAUGGCUCUCGUGGCCGAUUCCGGGUCCAGUGUUCUACAGCUACUCCGUAGCAUGUCUGAACAAGAAGAUGAAGAAGAAGAAGAUUGUGAAGACAACGAACAGAAGCCAAAAGAGUUUAAGUUUUUCUCAGCCAACAAAAAGGUUAAUCAAUUUCCAACGCCGACUGUAACCGUGUCGCAAACUUCAUCAUCCCAUCCGGGCAAACAGAAUGAAGUGAAAGGAUCCUCAUCAAUUAUGGAAUCCAACUCAAAACAGCUUCGUUCCAUCAAGAAAGCCCCUUCGCCUCCAUUACCUGAUACGAAAUCAAGCAACACAGCCAGCGCUAUCGAAACACCCAACAGCCAGAGCAUCACUGCAUUGCUAACGAAAAUGGAGACAAAGCCUCUACAGAGCAAUGGCCUCUCUGAAAACAAAGUUACCGUCGAGUCAGAGGUCCAACGGCUCGAUACGAACCCUACAAACGUUGGCGCAAGCGGGCCAACGCUAUCAGCUGUCAACAAAGAAUCGAGCGUUCCAAUGACAGGACAAGACAUCUCUUAUGCAACAACGGUAUCGAACGCGGAAGCAACUCUGACCGAUGAUACGCCACCUAGUAACUGCGCUAACGCUGCUACUAAAUCUGUGCCCGUUACGCUUCCUAAAGAGCAGCCUCCAAUCGUUAUGCCAGAUCCUGUUGUUGCUGAUCGCAAGUUGGUCAUUCAAAGUCAGAAUGCGUCAGCGAUGCCUAGUACUGGGGUGCAACCGAAUUCACCGAAUGCGGAAGAGAAAAAAAACCCUGCUGACGCAAAGACGGUCAAGCGUGAAAACAGCAAAGGCUGGUUUUAAAAGUAAAAGGAUGCAUUAUCGAUUUUUACGCAACGCUGGACGUAUAUUAAAAUCGUUGCAUAUUCUAUGCUUCAAGUAAUUCUAUAUAGAGGAAACAGUGCUAACCAAUUAUGAGUAUAACCACCCAAGUAUAACGCGCUGAUGCUGUGAUAUCGUUCUUAUAAAUGAACAUCAUAUCACUGAGUCGGUCAAUAAAAAGACAUUAACUACAAA